UUGUUAUAGGGAAUUGACCCUCUUUCCUUAGAUGCUCUCGCAAAGGAAGGCAUAGUAGCUCUGCGCAGAGCUAAAAGGAGAAAUAUGGAGAGGCUGACUCUUGCUUGUGGUGGGGUAGCUCUAAAUUCUUUUGAUGACCUAAAUCCUGAUUGUUUGGGACACGCAGGACUUGUCUAUGAGUAUACAUUGGGAGAAGAGAAGUUCACCUUUAUUGAGAAAUGUAACAAUCCUCGCUCUGUCACAUUAUUGAUCAAAGGACCAAAUAAACACACACUCACUCAAAUCAAAGACGCAAUAAGAGAUGGCUUGAGGGCUGUCAAAAAUGCUAUUGAUGAUGGCUGUGUGGUUCCAGGUGCUGGUGCAGUGGAAGUGGCAAUGGCAGAAGCCCUGAUUAAACAUAAGCCCAAUGUGAAGGGGAGGGCCCAACUGGGAGUCCAAGCGUUUGCUGAUGCAUUGCUCAUUAUUCCCAAGGUUCUUGCCCAGAACUCUGGUUUUGACCUUCAGGAAACAUUAGUUAAAAUUCAAGCAGAACAUUCAGAAUCAGGUCAACUUGUGGGUGUGGACUUGAACACAGGUGAGCCAAUAGUAGCAGCAGAAGUAGGAAUAUGGGAUAACUACUGUGUAAAGAAACAGCUUCUUCACUCCUGCACUGUGAUUGCCACCAACAUUCUCCUGGUUGAUGAGAUCAUGCGAGCCGGAAUGUCUUCUCUAAAAGGUUGAUUUGAAGCUUGUCUUGUACCAUAUGAAUCUUGAAGACUCUACAGAGUGAUCCUGAGGAAUACAACUGUGGAAUUUUUGUCCAAGCUUCAAAUGAUUUUCAAAGGAAUUUUCUUUUCCCUUAAGAAAACAGGAGAGAACACUGGCACCUAUUCAAAAUCUGAAGUUCUGAAAAUAUAAUUACAGUAUUUUUUAAACUGCACUGAGCAUAUACACAAAAAGGAGGUCCUUUUAUUCCAAUGAACAGGAUGUUUUGCUUUUGUGCAGUGACAUAAAAUUAUGUUAGAUAAGCAUAUGUUAUCUAUCUUGUUAUUAAAAAUAUUCCUUGAAAAACAGUUUUAAUGGCUUAAUAAUUUUUUCUUAUAAAUGUAUUUUAAAUUAUCCAACAGUUCCCUAUUAAGCAUUUGUUUUAAAUAUUUAUGCUAAUACAAAUAACACGUAAGUCAAGAUUUUGAAAGCAUCCCUCUACUUUGUAUAAAUUUCUGUAAGAUUACCAGAUUAGUUGGACUUCACACUUCUGAAAUAUCUUUGCUCCCCAGAAAAGUUAAGUUGUAGGAAGAGGAAUGAACUAGGAGCAAGGUACUUGAGAGCUGCAAGUACAGAGUGGCACAAAUUGAAAUAGAGAAAGGUAAAAAGAUGGCAGAGGUAGAAAGAUGGCUGAAGGCAUAGUGGCUAAGGGCUAGGGUUAUUUCAUGAAAUACGACAUUUUGAGGCUGACUAUGUUUUGAAGCCUCUAAACUUUUUGCCUAUGUGAAAUAACCACCCAAAGCUAUUGUCAUAUUUUUCUCCAAUUACUGUUCUCUCGUUCAUUUCCACAAGAUUGUUUUUCACAGUUGGUAUAUUUCUGCAGUCCUUGAAGGUGAAUUUGUGUUACUAAACUAUUUUGAGGAACUGGCAGUUGCUUACAGCGAGUGUGCAAUAAAUGUUAAAUUGAAACCUU